AUGCACUACCGCUACGGAGUAGUCCAGUACGGUAUGACAGAACCCUGUGGAGCCGAUGUAGCAGCGCAUGGAUGGGGUCGAGCUUCGCCACCUCCGUUGGAUCGGAUAGCCGCUUCAGGUUAUCCUCGUGGUGAAACAACACUUCUUCUGCCGAAUCAGCUUGCUCGUUGGCCAGCGAUUCGCAACUCGCACCAAACCGAGCGCCCGUAUCACACCACGCAAUUUGCCCACGGCACACAGCUUGUACUUUGGGCAAGGAAUGCUCCAAUCACGGAAGUUCAUCGCAGCCUUGCUGGUCAGCGCGACGGCACGAAGCAGCAAUAUUCCAAAUUAGGUAUCUCGUACGACACGUCGACCUGUAAAAAGAGUAUUGAGAAUCUCGGCGCUGGCGUGGGUGCGGGCCUCUACGGUGGAUUCACAAGCGACGAUCUCGGAGAGAACCGACAAUGUGCAACUGUCGAUCCGGAACAUGAAUAUUACUGCCAAAGAGAGGAAAUUUGA